UCUGUUGUAUAGGGUCCACUGCUUUCAGAACGUUCAUCCGAAGCAAAGUAUAAGCCAUAAUCCGCAUUUAGGAAUCGCUUCCCUUUACAGAAGCGAUUCCGACCGCGUAUCUUCCGGCAAUAUACGGCGUCAGCCACCUCGGCCGCCUACGAAAAGGAGAAUCCAUACUGAUCCACGCGGCGACAGGUGCGGUCGGAUAGACGGCGAUCGAGCUUUCUAAGCAUAUCGGAGCCGAAGUCUCCGUGGCGGUAAGCUCAAAAGAAAAGAGGACCUUGGUAAAUGGACUAUACGGAGCCCCAGAUAAUCGCGUUUUCUUUAGUCAAAAUCUUUCUGUCGGGCGUCGAAUCAUGAAGGCUGGAAGUGGACGGGGCGUCGACAUCAUCUUAAAUCGCCUCUCCGGCAGGGGCCCGGCCGAGUCAUGGAGAACUCUGCCACCACCAGGACGAUUUGUCGAGAUAGGUAAGCGAGACGUCCAUACGUUCGAGCAGCUUUCGAUGCAGCCCCUUUCCAAGAAUAUCUCGUAUCACUCCGUCGAGUUAGAAACAGUGGACCGAUAUAAUCCCGAUUACAUGGCACAAUUAGUCAAAGAGACAGAGGAUGCGUUAUUUAACGGCACUAUGUCUUCCCCUCGGUCGGUGAGUGUAUUCUCGAGGGUGGAAUUUGAGUCCGCAAUCAGUUACCUGCAAACUGAGAGACACAUGGGAAAGGCAGUCAUCGACUGGGAAGCGGGGGCGGAGGUUCCGCUCCUCCUCCGCUUCAAGAAUACAAUUUCGAUCCGAAAGCAAGCUACGUCGUCGCCGGCGGCCUGGACGGCAUAGGUAGGAGCAUGACUUCGCGGUGUGCCAGCUGCGGCGCAAAGCGCCUCAUGUUAUUGUCAAGGUCAGGCUUAGCUCUGAGAGCGCGACAAAAUUACUCGAAGACCUCGCCGAUCAUAGAGCAAAUGCUUUUGUACCUGU